AUUGACCAAUGGGAUGAGACGAGGUCUAUUUGAACGGUCAUAAGCGGGCUAGCAAACAUUCGAGAGGGAAACAAAGAGGGGUCAACAUCUUACUACUUUUGAACGCGAAAAACUGGAAUUAUUAACUUUUUCUGAUCAGGAUACUUUGGCAACCAUAUAAGGUCUCCAUCAUGUCUCACAAACAGAUAUACUACUCUGAUAAAUAUGACGAUGACAAAUACGAGUACAGGCAUGUAAUGUUACCCAAAGACAUUGCAAAGCGUGUACCCAAGACCCAUUUGAUGUCGGAGACAGAGUGGAGGAACCUGGGAGUCCAGCAGAGCCAAGGAUGGGUGCAUUACAUGAUCCACCAGCCAGAGCCCCACAUCUUGCUGUUCCGGCGCCCUCUGGUAAAUCAGCCUAAAGUCAUAAGGGAGAGAAUUGCUGGGUCCUUGGAAGAUCAAUCCUGCUUGUCACAGAUCAACCCAAAAUAGGCAGUAUGCUGUCAGAUUACCAAGCUCUUCUAUGGUAGGUGACUUGUGAUUUGGGCUGAUCAUGUUGGACCUGGAGAAGGACUAUCACAUUUAUGAACAAUGGUUGUGGAGUAUGCCUUGAAGGAAGGGGGAAAAAAAAAAAAAAAAUCUUCGCCCUUCUCUUAGGGAAAAGACUUCAUGGGUGUUAACAGCGACGCGCCGUCAUCCAGAAAAACUUCACUUACAGUCUUUUUGACUUAACUUCUGUCCAACUUGCUGAACCUGCUUGGAUAUUCCAGCUUUUUAGAACAAUCGUUAUAAGAUGUGGGGAGUGAAACUUGUUUAAACAUUUGAGUAAUUCUAACAGUGUAUUCUGGGUCAAGCUUGGGUCAGAACAUAAGCCAGACUGAAUAGUGGGAUCCUAAAUGAAGUUUGACUCUGGGUGCGGUUUAAAGUGACAUGUUGCUGCUUGGUUUAAAUGACAUUGUAAAUUGGCAUUUAACUUCUCAGUAUUUAUGAAUGUGGUGCCCUUUCUGAAAUAAAUGUAAACCUUUUUUAAAUCUUAUUAGUAUGGACUUUGGCAGUAUUUAGGGUAUACAACUAUUGUAUGGUUACACAGCCACUUGACACAUGAAAAUGCAUGUGAAAAUAAUGUAAAAAAAAAAAGGCAGUUGAUGGUGGACACUACCCUAAAAUGCUCUUAUAGAAUACAUACGGGUCAUUGAAUGAAAUGUUGGAAGGCCAAUUGCAUUUAUCUCAGAUUGUGGUAUUGAAUGCUAUUUGCAUCAAGGCACUUGUUUUCAUUCUCAUACUGUUCUGAAUACUUGCACCCACUCUGACAUGUUUGUGUUUACCUUCUAUCCCUUACCUUUACUACCACAUACUGAGCUGCUCUGCUGUCACUGAGGCUAAAACCUUGCCUUGAAUAAUUGUUCUUUGAACUUGUGCCUUUUUUGUAAGGUUUGCUUUUGUAUAGUUAUUUUUGACAGGAUCGGUUAUGUGUAGGUAAAGAGCUGUUCUACCUUUUCAGAAUUAUUAAAGGAAUCAAUGCAAUCAAAUUCAAGUUAUGAUGCAUUUAGUCUUUGAUGAAAUCUGUGUUGGAUGACAUCCCUGUACCCCUGUAUGGUAAUCUUGAAAAUAAUACUAGAAUAUUGGAUUACUACAGAUGGAGUGUGGAAUUGAUAAUGCCCCAUUUUGCAUUGUAACAUUAUAUGGCUGCAUCAAAAUGGAAAUAUUUCCUCUACAAUAAUACACCUAUGUCAGCACUAGCAAAUUUAUCAAAAGUUUUUACAACUUGUUUUUUUUUUUUAUCCUCAUGUAAUGGCUGGUGAAAACACAAAUCCACCGGACUGGAGCAUGACAUUCUUGAAUACACCCUUUCUCCUAACUAUUCUCUUGUCUUCUACUGGUUCCUAUCUCUGUAAAAUAAAAGGAAAAUGC